AGCGGUCGUCCAGCCGAAUGUGUUUGUUCGCUUGGAAUUCUAUUUGUGUAGGUAUAGCAAGUAGUUGAUUCUCAGCGAUCGCUCACUCGGCGGGAGACUUCCAGUGUGUGCAGACGUGUUAAAAUAAAACAAAAUGAAAGUUGACGUCAAAUAUACUAAGCUGUUCAUCAACAACGAGUGGGUGGACGCUGUCAGCAAGAAGACGUUCCCCACCAUCAACCCUCAGGAUGAGUCAGUCAUCACACAAGUUGCAGAAGGAGACAAGGCCGAUGUGGAUCUAGCAGUUGCCGCCGCCAAGAAGGCCUUCCACCGGUACUCCGAAUGGCGAACCCUGGACGCCUCCGAGCGAGGCCGCCUGCUCCUCAAACUUGCCGACCUUGUGGACAGAGACGUUCAGUACCUGUCCGAGCUGGAGGUCUUGGACAACGGGAAACCGCUGAAGAAUGCGAUCGGUGAAAUAAGCUGGUCAGCGAAUGUGAUCAGAUAUUAUGCCGGAAAGGCGGACAAAAUCCUGGGAAACACAAUUCCCGCAGAUGGUGAAGUGAUGUCCAUGACCCUCAAAGAGCCCGUUGGUGUCUGUGGUCAAAUUCUUCCAUGGAACUACCCCAUCCCUAUGUUCGUUUGGAAAAUCGCCCCUGCUCUGGCUGCUGGAUGCACAACGAUUGUAAAACCGGCCGAGCAGACUCCCCUCACGGCCCUGGCCAUGGCUGCCCUGAUCAAGGAGGCCGGCUUCCCCCCCGGCGUGGUCAACGUGGUCACUGGGUACGGGCCCACCGCCGGCGGUGCCAUCACCCACCACCCGGACGUUGAUAAAGUUGCUUUCACCGGAUCUACAGAGAUCGGCCGUGUUAUCAUGAAAGCCGCAUCUGAAGUCAAUCUCAAACGAGUCACCCUCGAGCUAGGAGGCAAGAGUCCUCUGGUCGUCUUCAAUGACGCUGAUGUGGAAAAGGCUGCAGAACUGGCCCACAGAGCGGCGUUCGCCAACGCCGGUCAGUGCUGCGUGGCUGGAACCAGGACUUAUGUGCAAUCUGGUAUCUAUGACAAGUUUGUCGCAAAAGCCGCCGAAAUCGCCAAAAAGAGGACUGUCGGCAACCCCUACCAGGAUGUUGAACAAGGGCCACAGAUUGAUCAAGAGAUGUUCGACAAAGUGUUAGGGUACAUCGAGUCCGGCAAAAAGUCGGGCGCUAGGUGUGUGGCGGGGGGCGGCCGCCACGGCUCCGUGGGCUUCUUCGUCCAGCCCACUGUCUUCGCCGACGUCAAGGAUGACAUGAAGAUCGCCAGGGAAGAGAUCUUCGGCCCUGUCCAGAGCAUCCUCAAGUUUGAGAGCUUCGAGGAGAUCGUGGACCGCGCCAACGACUCCAACUACGGCCUGGGCGCCGGCGUCGUCACCAACGACAUCUCCACAGCCCUGGCGUUCGUCAAGCACGUCCGAGCUGGCUCUGUUUGGGUCAACACCUACGAGCACGUCGCGUGCCAGACGCCAUUCGGGGGAUUCAAGGAGUCUGGAAUCGGCCGCGAAAUGGGCGAGGACGGCAUCCUGCAAUACCUGGAGAACAAGACUGUGACCAUCCACCUGCCGAAGAAACCCCUGCUGUAAACAACCAAAAGCAUACUAACAUUUAACCAAAGCAUUUAUUUCUAACCCUAACAUUUUGUAAAGAUAUUAUUUUAUAUAUAAAAAUUUCGCAAUAAAAUGAUAAUUGUAUACAA